AUGACAUCAUUUAAUAGAAAGAAUUCUCUUAUUGAAAGAUUAGUAAAUCAGACUUAUUUAUCUGAUGAUAAUCAAUCAAAUUCCGAACAACGAUCAAGUCUUGCAGUAAGUGAUGAUGUACCUGAUUGUUACAAUCAAGUUCGUUAUAUUCCAGAUUCUUGUAAAGUAUUGUGUAAUCUUUGGAAAAUAGAUAAAGAUUUUUUAAAUAAAAGUAUUGAUAAUGAUGUAUCAAAAUCAUUAAAAGAAUUUCGUUUGAGUGAUGUUGCACGUUGUUAUCGUUCUCCAUAUAGAAUAAAUGGUGUUUUAUCGAUUUUAAAUCAAACAAUUGAUGAUUUAAUUCGAAUACAUGAUUUUAUUGAUUCAAAAAGAAAAGAAUGGCUUGAACAAUUUUAA